AAAUUUGAAAUCAAAGUAUUUUUCAAUUAGAAAAAGAAAUAUUAGUAUGGAGGGGAAGAGAGGACCGGAGAAUAAUAACCAGCAGAAAGAACCGAAGGCACGAGGUCAAAACCGAUAUAGAGGGAUUCGGAAGCGGCCAUGGGGUAAGUUUGCAGCUGAAAUUCGUGACCCUUCGAGAAAUGGAGCACGGCUAUGGCUAGGCACAUUUGAGACAGCUGAGGAGGCAGCAAGGGCUUAUGACCGAGCUGCUUUCGGCUUUCGGGGCCAUUUAGCCAUACUCAACUUUCCAAAUGACUACCAAUACCACAACCCUUCAAGCUCUUUGAGCACUUUAUGUUCGUCUUCAUCUUCUGCUUCUUCAUCUUCAUUUUCAAGUGUUGAUCCUGGAAGGAGUAUUAAUUUUGGAAGAGGCCAAGAAGAAGACAAAGUUAUUGAGUUUGAGUAUUUGGACAACAAUGUCUUGGAGGAGCUUCUUGAUACAAAAGAAGAUCAUUAUAGGCAGGGGCAACCAACACAUUAUGGAAAAAAAUUCACUGAUAUUUAGCUUUUGUUUGUUUGGUUUUUUCUAUUUUACUCUUUACCCCCAAAAAAUUGGAAAUAAGGGGUACAUUUAAUUUGCAUCAUCUGAAGAAGUUCCUUUGUUCAGUAGUCUCAAACUGUUACUGUUGAUUUUUUUUUUACCAAAGAAAUUAUGUGGAUGCUUGUUGGAGGAGUGACUCUUUACGCGGUGAUAUCGGGAUUGUGGUCAGAGAUGAUUAUUCGGGAUGCAUUGCGGUAAGGAGUGUGAGGGUGCACGCGACUUCUGUUGCUAUGGCUGAGGCGCUUGCUGUUCUGGAAGGAUGCGUACUGGCAAACAAUCUUCAACUGCAAGAGGUGGUAAUUGAAUCGGAUGUUCAAGCUAUUAUUCGGUACCUCAUUUCUCCUUCUCUGAGUUGUGAUUGGGACAUGCUCCCAAUUCUUAGCCGUGCUUUGGAGGUUGGGAGGAGUUUUCAAUCAUGCUCUUGGUCGUGAGUUCCACAGUCAGCAAAUAAGGCGGCGGAUUUUGUCGCCAGGAAUUUAUCUCCGGAGAUGUGCGGCUUCGGCUGGGUUGUAAGACCACCAUCUUCGCUCGUGGGUGUUUUGAACAAGGACGGUCUUUCGUGUCCUCCAAUGUAAAGGGUGGGGUUUUUUGUAUGGGUAGAUGGGAUGAUGCUGGAGUCCUGUUUGUUGGCGUCUUUUAUGUCCUGUUUAUCUUGGUUCCAGCUGCUUGGUUUUGUGGGGAUGCUCUCUGCUUCUUGUUUGGCCUUGUGCCUUUCUGUUUCUUUGAAUCGUUCUUCCGACCCAAAAAAAAAAGAAGAAAUUAUUUGAUUGAUUUAAUUCGGAGUGCAUGUAAA